AGUUGGAGACCGAGAGCGAACCAGAGAGUGAGACACAGAGAGACAGAGACCACUGGAGAGGCACAGACAGAGGGGCGGCGGCGGCUCACACUCUCACACUCAGGCCCAGGUCCCGCCACAGCAGCGCCGUCACCGCCGGAGUGUCGUGUCGUGUCCCCUGGAGUCGACACCAUGAGUUUGAAAUCUUACCGGAGCCGUUUAUCCGGCACGAGAUGCUGCCUGUUCUGUGACGUCCGGAUCGGCACUAUCAUCCUCGGGACAGGAUACAUGGUGGUGAAUUUGCUGAUGGGCAUUUUACUGACUGUGGCAGUGACACACCCUGAAAGUGUACCCCCACUGGGGAUCCAAUAUGAAGUCAUUGGAAAUUACUAUUCUUCAGAGAGGGUUGCAGAAAAUGCUUGUGUUGGAUUUACCAUCUCACUUCUGAUGUUUACCAUUAGUGCCAUGUUAGUGUAUGGUGCAAUCACUUAUCGUGGACGCUGGCUGAUUCCAUUCUUCUGCUACCUAUUGUUUGACUUUGCCCUUUCCUGCCUUGUUGCCAUCAGUUCCCUCACCUAUGUGCCCAGGAUUAAGGACUACCUUGAGCAGUUGCCUGAUUUUCCUUAUAAAGAUGACUUACUUGCAUUGGACUCCAGUUGCCUCCUGCUGAUAGUUUUGCUUUCCUUCACUAUUCUGAUUACUAUCAAGGCUUAUUUUAUAAAUUGUGUGUGGAACUGCUACAAGUACAUCAACAAUAGGAACAUGCCUGAGAUUGCAGUGUAUCCAGCAUUUGAAACUCCUCCACAGUAUGUGCUGCCAACUUAUGAAAUGGCUGUGAAGAUGCCAGAAAAAGAUCCCCCACCUCCUUACAUGUCCAAUUGAACACCACACAAAGCAACAACAAAAUGAGCUUUCCUCAGCAAAUUCAAGCCUUGUUACCUUGCAUUUAAAGCUUUAGCUUUGUAAGAAGUAUUCUGUACUUGUAUAAAGUUUCAGAAUCUAAAUCUAGAAAAUUAUAUUUUGUAUGUAAACAUAUAAUUGAAGCUAAAGAGAAGCCUUGAAUAGUGAAGAUUUUUUUUUAGAAAAUCUUCCUGCCCUGUUCCUUGACUAGUUAAUAUUUUCAUUCUUUGUAGGUACAGAUUUUUUUCCAAUUGCUUUUUCAUUGUAAGAUGACCUGCUGGAAGCAUUUCUAUUUUUAUAUAUUUGCCUGACGAUGUUGCGAGAAAGCAAUGGUAGGUUAAAAUUGUUCUGCAUUUAACCCCAGGAGAAGAAACAUUUUGCGAUAGUACAGGGCAAGACCUGAUAUUCUCAAAAUAUUCUGACCCAAGGCAAAUUGUUAAAUACCUGCUUUCAACCGCUAGGGGUUCCAGUGAUCUUUUUAAAUUCUAAGAAAGCCAGCUGCUGAGACAUAAAUUGUAUACUACACCACAGUAGUUCCCUCCUUUUCACAGGACUAUCCAACUUUGCAUUCUAUUUUAAUGCAGACCCCACCAUAUUCUCUCUCCCAGACUGUUAGAGGUUUCAUCCCUUUGACUGGUGGUUAUUUUGUCCCUUGGGAAUAUGGAGAUAUACUGUUUGUGUGGAACAAAUACAUUAUUUUUGUGCACUUUUCCUUCUAAAGCCUUAUAUAUGUAAUGUAAUCCUUUUUGGAGGGGACAAAUUAAACCUUAUUUUGUAAUGUUUAUUCGAAAUUUUACUCCUACAUUAUAGUUGUACGGGUAUGAAGUUUCAUUUAAGGAUUCCAAGGAAAUGGCAUGCCGUACCUUUUGUGUUUUGUGAUUUUAAGUAUUAAUAAAUGUUUCAGUUUAUAAAGC